CCUACACGACCAGGCAGUUCAGCCUGGCUUCGCCUCCCCAAGCUGGAUACCUGGAGGUUCCCGCCUAACCUCGGACAGUUAGCCAAUCCCAGCUGGAGAGGUGUUGCCAGGGGAGUUGACCAGGUAGGGUUACGACCCCUCUGCACACACAAUAGAGGGUGGAACUCACCUGGGAGUCCUCAGUCGGCUCCAGAGCUUCUGGAUAGUGGACAUCGCUGGACUGCAUCCUUGCCGGAGCUUACUCUAGCGACACCUGCUGUGGCUCAGCUCUUGUCUCACCCUUUCACCCCUAGCUUUCCCGCAAUAUCAAGCGUCAGUAUAUUUCAGUAUAUUAGUUCUGCAUCACUAACACCUUCAGUCCUCAUUCAGUCUAUAGAUUUCUACCUUUAGAUACUACCCUGUUAGCUUUCCACCAUGCCACCUAAGUGUCAAGUAGUUUCUCCUCCCUGCACAAGAAGGGGCACUAUAAAGGGUGCGCCCAGUAAGUCAGCACAGGUGCAGGUAGUGGGCCGGAGGAGGGCGCGCCCAUCUGGGGACGAGCAUCCCACACCUGGGCGAGCCGCGCCCAGGAAGAGGGCAGCUGCAGUGAGAGGGUCAUCAAGGUCUGAAAGCCCGCUAGCCUCCACAAGCCAUGCAGACAGGAGGCCAGCUGCAAAACGCAAACGUCAGGUGAGCUCUUCCCCGGCCCACUCAUCUGAUAGUGAUAGUUCUUCACGCUUGGAGCACGGGGACAGGAGGGACAAGACCACUGCUUGGCUGAAGCAACGCCUGGAGAGGCUGGAAUCGCGUGGAAGGAGCCCUGGGUCACCUCACCGCCACAAUAGAAGGCGCAGUGACAGUUCUCCAGACCACUGUACCCGAGAACACAGGUCCCGCUCAUCAACCGCAUCCUCAGGGUGCAGAGGUAGGUCCCCCCACUCCAGCUCCUCCAAUAGGUACAAGAGCCCAGAGCCUCGCAGCUCGCGUCAUCGUGGAAGGAAGCAUCGCAGAUCCAGGAAAAGGGGGCACAAGUACAGAAGGGAGUCUUCCACGUCUUCAAGCUCAAGAGGUAGGUCUAGUUCCUCUGACAGUGAGCGGGAAGGAAACAUCAAGGGGUAUUGGGUCACGGGCCCGCAUGCCCCAGGGCUGCCACAUUGGGUAUGGCGUCGCCGCAAUAGGAAGCAUAGGCGCGACAAUGGCGCUACUGCGCCAUGUGGCGAGGAGGGCAUUGACUCCAGAGGCCGCAUAAGGGAGUCAAACUUUAAGUGGACUGACCAGCCCCCAGGCAUUCGCCUGUGUAAAAAGAUAAGGGAGCGCAUCCUUAAUGGUAAGUUUGUGGACCUAUUUCCUUGUUAUCCCCUGCUUCAUCAAUUAGCCUAAAGGCCAAACCUGCUAAACAGCAGAAAAAAAGACAAGAAAGUGUUGGUUGAGCGCAACUUCCACAACUGGCUUACUGCAUUUUCCACCUACAUGGGGAUAGUAAGUGCCGCCUACCCAGACAGAGGUUGGCACCUUGCCAAAUACCAGCUUAUUAUACUAAAAGCCGAGGCUAUAGCUGGGGAGGCAGCGGCGCUCGAGUAUGAUGAGGCCUUUAGAGAGAAGGCAACCGUGUACCCCACAGCCAGGUGGGAUGUACAGGAUAAUGAUUUGUGGUCAGAAUUGGUCACCCCAUAUAUUGAGAAAAGGCCUGACAACACAAAGCAGUCGAAACCCCAGCCCAAG